AUGUAUUACGGUGAAAUACGAUUGUAUACGGAGCCAAACGGAGCAUAUACGAUCGUAAACGGUCGUAUAUGGACUCCCUAUUUCCCGUGCUUUCCGGUCGUUUCCCGCCGUACCUCCACGACCUGGGAACGUGUUAAUGAUCAGUGGGCUAGUAUCCAUUGGACAUAUUUGUACUUGCUUGCUGUACAAAAUAACGCUCAUAGUAAUAUCUAUCAUCAACAACAACAGAUAAUAGCCCAACAACAAUUAGAAUUGACUGAGCAGCAAACGGCGUUAGGCGCACAGCAACAGGCUUUAUUAGAAGAACAACGACAAGCACAUGAUAAUGAAAUAAUUGAAAUGAUGAUCGAAAAUAUGUUAGAUGUGAUCGCUGAGUGA